AUUAAAAAAAAAAAAACUUCAAAACGCACGUCAAAACGGACACUUCAGAAUCAGAAGCGAAGCAGAAAUGAGAGCUUGCGUGUCCCUCGCAGGCUUCCGUACUGUACGUAGUCUCUGCGGAUGUGCUGUGUAAGUGUAGGAGAAACACCGAAUGGAACAAAGAAGUCGUGGGACUUCAUGCAAACUCAUGACAGUGUCUCUGUGCUGAUCUUCAACACCACCUCUCACUGUUUCAUCUUGGUCAAACAGUUCCGCCCAGCUGUGUACAUGAAUGAAUGGGAGAGAAUGAAACAUGCACAUCCUGAGCCAGAGGGAGAGCACAGAGGUGAGUGCUGUGCCCAGACUGCCCCACAAGAGGGUCAGGAGGAAAAAGAGGAUAGCAACUGUCCUCACCAGCCUCCGGCCUCAGCGGGAGUAACGUACGAACUGUGCGCUGGCCUUGUGGACAAACCCAACCUUUCCCUGGAGGAGAUCGCUUGCCAGGAAGUUCUGGAGGAGUGUGGUUAUGAGGUUCCUGUAAGCAAGCUCAGGAGGAUCACAUCAUACAGGUCGGGGGUGGGUGUCACAGGAGCCAAGCAGACCAUGUUCUAUGCGGAGGUAACAGAAGAGAACCGAGUUGGUGAGGGUGGUGGAGAACCUCAAGAAGGAGAACUGAUCGAGGUGGUUAAAGUACCCCUCCACGAGGCCAUGACUUUCGCCUAUAAUGAGAGCAUCCCAAAAACCAUGGGGGUUGUUUUCAGCUUCAUGUGGUUCCAUAACAACAUUGCACCCAAGUAUAAGAUCUCCACUAAUGUGUAAUAAAUGACAGUUGUGAUA